AUGGACCAAGGUCUUUUGACUGGGUCUGUAUUUAUAGACCUUCGCAAGGCAUUUGAUACCAUUGAUCAGUCUGUGUUAUUGAAUAAAUUAACGAAAUAUCGAAUAAACGACCUUGAACUUAAAUGGUUUAACAACUACCUAUUACAACGAUCACAGGUAGUUUGGUUGGGAAAUGUUCUUUCAGAACAGUGUCAGGUAUUAUCUGGUGUUCUUCAGGGAUCUAUUUUAGGCCCCUUGCUGUUUGUUAUAUUUGUGAAUGAUCUUCCAUCCGUUUUUUCGAAAUGUCAAGUUCUCAUGUACGCAGACGACACUGUGAUUUACUACGCAUCAAAAACUGUUCCUGAAAUCGAACAGAUCCUAACCAAUGAAUUUGCCUGUCUGUGUCAGUGGCUCUUGGAUAACAAUCUUUUCCUGAAU